GCGCGGGUGGACGGGGGCAGCGGCCCGCGGGGCCAGGCCGAGGCCACGGUCCAGCAGACAUGGCCGAGUACAAGCGGCUGCCCAACAGCCUGGCGCUCAUCCGCCUGCGAAACCCCCCGGUCAACGCGCUCAGUCAGGUUGUACUCCUGGCAAUAAAGGAGGGGCUGAGGAAAGCGGCAGUCGACUCCUCCGUGAAAGCUGUGGUGAUCUGUGGAGCAGACGGCAAAUUCAGUGCAGGUGCUGAUAUCCAUGGCUUCAGCACUUCUGAGUCCAAAACCAUCUCACUGGGCAGCGUCGUAGAUGAACUACAGAACAAUGAGAAGCCUGUGGUGGCAGCUAUUCAAGGCAUGGCUCUAGGAGGGGGCCUGGAGCUGGCCCUGGGCUGUCACUAUAGGAUUGCCCAUGCAGAGGCUCAGGUUGCCUUCCCAGAAGUGUCCCUUGGGCUUCUUCCUGGUGCCAGAGGGACUCAGCUGCUCCCGAGGCUUAUUGGAGUCCCUGCUGCACUUGACUUAAUCACUUCAGGGAGAUUUGUUUCGUCCCAUGAAGCACUCAAACUGGGUAUUAUAGAUGAGAUCGUGAACUCAGAUCCUGUUGAAGCAGGACUCAAAUUUGCCCAGAGAAUUUCAGCCCAGUCUCUGGGAUCCCGCAGAAUUCGCAACAGACGCGUUCAGGACUUGCCCAACAUGGACUCCAUCUUCGCCGAGGCCAUUGUGAAGAUGCGAAAGCAGCACCCCGGGUGCCUGUCUCAGGAGACUUGUGUCCAAGCCGUCCAGGCUGCGGUGCUCUAUCCUUACGAGGAGGGCAUCAAGAAGGAGGAGGAGCUGUUCAUGUACCUCCGGGCCUCUGGCCAGGCUAGAGGCCUUCAAUAUGCCUUCUUUGCUGAGAGGAAUGCAAAUAAGUGGUCCACCCCAUCCGGAGCCUCCUGGAAAACAUCCACAGCCCGACCCAUCUCCUCAGUUGGCGUUCUCGGCUUGGGAACAAUGGGCCGGGGCAUUGUCCUUUCUCUUGCAAAGGCCAAGAUACCCGUGGUUGCUGUGGAAUCAGACAAAAAGCAGCUCCAGAUUGCAGACAAGAUAAUAACCUCAAUUUUGGAAAAGGAAGCUUCCAAAAUGCAGCAGAAUGGCUACCCAGGGUCAGGACCAAAGCCCAAGUUAACUACAUCUCUGAAGGAUCUCAGUGGUGUAGAUUUAGUUAUCGAGGCAGUAUUUGAGGAGAUGAACCUUAAAAAACGGGUCUUUGCUGAACUGUCAGCUGUGUGUAAGCCAGAAGCCUUCUUAUGCACCAAUACUUCAGCCCUAGAUAUCGAUGAGAUUGCUUCUGCCACAGAUCGUCCUCACUUGGUCAUUGGCACUCACUUCUUCUCACCUGCUCAUAUUAUGAAGUUAUUGGAGGUUAUUCCCAGCCAACACUCCUCCCCCACUACCAUCGCCACUGUUAUGAACUUAGCAAAAAAGAUAAAAAAAUUUGGUGUUGUUGUAGGCAACUGUUUUGGAUUUGUUGGGAAUCGAAUGCUGUUUCCAUAUUACAGUCAGACGCAUUUCUUGUUAGAGGAAGGCAGUACCCCACAGGAGAUAGAUCAAGUACUGGAGGAGUUUGGUUUCAAAAUGGGACCCUUCAGAGUGUCUGAUCUUGCAGGGUUGGAUGUAGGUUGGAAAUCUCGAAAGGGGCAAGGUCUUACUGGACCUGCGUUGCCCCCAGGAACUCCUGCCCGAAUGCGAGGCUAUAAGAGAUAUUGCCCAAUUCCUGACAUGCUCUGUGAAGCAGGGCGAUUUGGCCAGAAGACAGGGAAAGGUUGGUACCAAUAUGACAAGCCACUGGGUAGGAUUCACAAACCUGACCCCUGGCUUGCCAAAUUCCUGUCACAAUACAGAGAAACCCAUCACAUCGAACCACGGAUCAUUAGCCAGGAAGAGAUCCUUGAGCGAUGCAUAUACUCACUCAUCAAUGAAGCAUUCCGCAUCUUGGAGGAUGGGAUGGCUGCUGGCCCAGAACACAUUGAUGUUGUCUAUUUACAUGGCUAUGGAUGGCCAAGGCACAAGGGUGGCCCCAUGUUCUAUGCAUCCACAGUUGGGUUGCCCACCGUGCUAGAGAAGUUGCAGAAAUAUUAUAGGCAGCAUCCUGAUAUUCCCCAGCUAGAGCCUUGUAACUACCUGAAAAAACUGGCCUCCCAGGGAAAUCCUCCUUUAAAAGAAUGGCAACGCUUGACAGGUUCCCCAUGCAGUAAGUUAUGAUUUUCAUUUGCUUCACAUGCUGGCAUCAGGUAAUUUUAUUGAAAUUAAACCCAAAAAGCCAAAGUAAGAUCAUUCUGAAAUUCAGUGAAAAGAAAUCAUUAGUCAGCUAAGUCCCCUUCCUGGGUCUUCUGGGUAAUGAUUUUUUAGCAUCAAAUAUUUAGGAAUGUGCUUUCUAGACCUCUGGUUCUAUUCCCAUCAAAGAAAUGACUUCAGUCCCAGUGAGUAACGUGUUAAUACCAUGAUAAUGAAGAAGAGGACUUCAGGAAUCAUUAAGAUUACCAAGUCCAGGCUGGAGCGAUAGCACAGCGAAUAGGAUAUUUGCCGUGCAUGCGGCUGACCGGGUUCAAUUCCCAGCAACCCAUAUGGUUCCCUGAGCACUGCCAGGGGUAAUUCCUGAGUGCAGAGCCAGGAGUGACCCCUGUGCAUCACCAGGUGUGACCCAAAAAGAAAAAAAAAGAUUACCAAGUCCUUGGAUUAUUGGAGAAAUAAUGUCAUCACUUAACAACUUAAAUAUAACUAAAUCAUAAAUCUAUUCUGACCUCUUCCAACUUCACACAUAAAGCCUUGGUAGGAAAUCUUAUGCCUCCUUCAUUCAAUGCUCACUCAUUGUAUAUGUCCUGAGCACUUUUCAUAGCAUGUCUCAGACCUGUUGUCCAGCAGGACAUUAAUCCAACAAGGAAACCUGUGACAGAAGUUUAGUCUGUAACUGUGGAGGCGAAAUGAAGACAGUUGGCAAGGUAGAGUUAGUGAUGAGGGUGUCUCUGCAUGAGCCUGGAAAGCCACUCAAGGAAUGGCAAAGAGAAGCAAGGUAUUGAGAGCAGAGUGAUGUUAUUAGAGCUGUUAGCCGGGCAGUGUUGGGGGGAUGACUACUUCAGACCAGAAAGGAACUCAGAGUAGCACGCACAGUGCCGCUCAAUGCAUUGCUCUGCCUAGGCAUGUGUCCCAGUGACACAAACACAUCCUGCUUGCUGCUCACAAGGGGACCAGUGAUGCUUGUUGAUACUUUUCUUGAGCUGGGCCAUGUCCACAACCUGGUCUUACUUGACAAUUGCUUUUUAUGGAGAAAACAUAGUGAGUUGUUGACUUAGUGUGAGAAGGAAUCUUCAAAAACAUCUAACCUUCUCUAAUUCUGUGGAGUGAUGGUACCUAUUUCCCCACCACAGUUAGUCUCUAUGAUGUUGGAUACAGAAGUGGAUGAGUCUUGAAAAAAAAUGCAAAAUUAUUGCCAAACAAAAAAAUUUUAAAGGUUUUGUCAUGAGUUUUCUUAACCCUUUGUCUCAUAGGGUUGAAUUCAGGGGCUGGGCCUGGACGGAUAGUAUAGCUGGUAAGGUGCUGGCUUUGCAUACAGUUGACUUGGAUUUGAUCUCUGACAUUCCAUAUGGUUCCCCCAAGCACCACCAGGAAUUAUUCCUGAGUGCAGGGCCUGGAGUAACCCCUGAGCACCACUGGCUGUGGCUCAAAAACAAAAACAAACCCAAAAGAGCUCGUCAAUACAAAAGUUGGAUGCAAAUAUUUAUCUAGGAAUUAAACUAAUCAAAGAUGAAAAAUAAAUCUGAUGUCUAUUAACUAAGGAAUGACUAAACACAUGUGGAAUAGCCAAUACAGUAUAACAGAAUUGGCCCUGAAAAGAAAUGAAGUACUGAUGUAUGCCACAAUAUGAGAAAUAUUGGGAAUAUCAUGUCAAAUGGAAGAAGCCAGUCACCAAGGCCAUGUAUUGUAAGGACAUUUAUAUCAAAUGCCCAGUGAUUGUCUGACAGAACUGUGGGGUAACAGCUAAUAGACAUAGGAUUUCUCUUUGUGUUAGGACAGUGUUCUAAAAUUAUCAUGAUGAUGGUCACAUUACUCUAUGAAUCUACUAAACACCACUGGGUUAUGUACUUAAAAUUGGUGAAUUUUGUAUGUUAAUCAUAUUGCAAUAAAGCUGUUAACAAAUAAAACAAAUAAAUGGACUCAAGUUCUUCUAGUUUGA